AUGGAGCUUUUAUUGCCCAGGGAGGAGGGCAUGGCAGGUGUGGAAAGAGAGAAGGGUUUUAUGGGGAGAAGUGGGCAUGCCUGGGUACCUCACCUGAGUUGGGAGUAUGUGACCCAAACUGGCAGAACAAUGUGGAGACCAGAGAAGGAGCCCCAGGUUGAUGCCAAGCAUCCCUGGAUGUGGGCACCGUGCCCCAGGAGCACUGCCCUCCACUAUCAAUGUGGGAGCUGGAUGGUGAAGGUGAGCUUGGUCUGUGCCCUGGGGCUCCUGGUCAUAGUGGGCAACGGGACCGUCAUUGCUGUGGUGGCCUCUUCCGUGUCCGGAUGGAGCCACAGCAGCCGCCUGGUCCUGCUCUCUUUGGCUGCAGCUGAUGCCGCCUUGGCCCUGUUUGUGGUGCCCCUCAACCUGUACCGCAGCCUGGCACUGGGAACGGUGGCCGACGAAUGGGCCAUGGAAGAGGAAGAAAAGGAAGCCACCUCCUAUUGCCGCGUGGUGGCCUUCGUCAACUCCAGCAUCUUCAGCACCUCCCUUUAUUCCUUGGCCGGGGUCUCCCUUGAGCGCUACAUAGCCGUCUUCUUCCCGUUGCACUACAGCCACCUUUUGAGUCACAGGAGGGUGGCCCUGUUCAUUGCCACUGCCUGGCUUCUGCCAGUCCUCCUCUUGGCACCCAUGGCUGUGCCAGGACCCUCAGCCGUUUUCCGGGUCCGAUUCUCGGCUGCAGCUUUACUAUGCGAGCCAGACUAUGCCUCCAACAAGGCCUACUCCCUCUUGAUUGCUGGCACCAUUUUCUGCCCGGCUGCUGGUCUCAUCACCUUUGCCAAUCUGCGGCUCUGGAUGGCGGCACGCUCCCAGCGUCGGCGCAGGAAGGACACUGCCAACUUCGCAGGACCCAAGAAGCUCUGCUCAUUCCAACUGGAUGCCGCAGCUCGUAUUCUCUUGCCGGUCGUCAUUGCUUUCUAUCUCUGCUGGGCACCCUGCAUAUUCACCAUCUUGUACAAUUCUUUCACCCGAAAAAGAGUCAAUGAAUGGGUUGAAUUCGUUGCCCUGUGGCUCCCCAUCGGCAGCGGCUUCCUCAACUGCUUUGUCUACUUCUGGGUCAACAGGAGCUUCAGGAGAAAACUCCAGAAGAUCAGGCAGACAUUGUGCCAGCCCUGCCAUGAAGCCCACCCAGAGCAGUGGCCACAUUGCUUGCCCACCGUCAGCGCUGCGGUGGAAGGAGAUGGCAAGCACAAGCGGUGCCCAAGUCUCUUCCCAGGUUGUCCCCGCAUCAGGUCUUCUUCUGGGAGCCUUAGGUGCUUCAAACAAGAUGGCAGCCCCACCAACCUGUAG